AGCUCACAGCUUCAACGAUCGACACAUUCAUAAUGGCUGAUGUUGAUGAAGGUCGCGGGGCUCCUAUUGAUGAGCCCCUUGAUCUUGUACGCCUGUCCUUGGAUGAGAUCGUCUUUGUCAAGCUGAGAGGUGACCGCGAACUGAAGGGCCGUCUCCACGCCUACGAUAGUCAUUGCAACUUGGUGCUUGGAGAUGUAGUAGAAACAGUCUACGUGGUCGACGAGGAUGAUGAAGAUGGAGAGACGUUGAAGACUAUCCACAAGAAGUCGGAGAUGCUUUUCGUACGAGGAGACAGCGUUGUGCUCAUAUCACCACAAGCCUCGUCAUGACCGACCACGACAUUGACCCCGACUGAUAUCCACGGAGAACAACAUAUCUCGAAAUAACUGGAAUAUAAGGGGAUGCACGCGUCUGAUAGGAAAUGGAGACUUGUAGGCCGUUGUUGGAGGACCAGGUGGGCGCAAGGCGUCAAGUCGCGCAGCCACAAACCAACCAACAGAGCAAUAAAAUGCUCAAUGAAUGACCUUUCCAGUCAUAGCCAUACAUAAUCAAAGCAACUUCAGCUCCAAGCUUCGUUCCUAUGUACUCUGUAGUUGAAGACCGUGUUGGCCGUGUGCGUCACCGCCAGCUUCCUAGAGUGUGACUCGAUAAGGCGUUCUCCCCCACUAUAUAGACCACAUAUCCAGCCCAGCUCGGAAGG